UAGCUAUCAAACUAAUUCAAAUACAGACACAUUGAUCAAAAUAUAAUACAAAUAGAUAUUUUAAAUCAUGUUUCAAUCAAAAGACUGCAAAGAAAGAUAGUUAAAUAAUUAAAUAUAGAUUCAAUUAUUUAAAAUUCAUUGUUACUGUAAUUGACAUUGUUUCAGUUAUGCUGUUACUGCAGAUAUGAGGUAAACAGCUGUUCGCCAACACUUCCAAUAAAAUGAUGUUACAAAUGCAACAGACACCUAUACUACGAAAUGCUUUCAGACAGUUGUUGGUGUCUAAACAAUUCCACAGCAAGCGUUCCGGAGACCAGCAUAAAAUUAAAUCCCAAUUCAAAUGGCGUAAUGUGUCGUACGUAAGACUGGGAGCUCUAGUCGCUGGUGUCUGCGCCGUUGGCUACGAUGGCGUUGUCAACGACUUCACAUACUGUGGAUCAUUUGUGCGCUUCGUGAGGUCACUGAAGACAGCUACACUGAUAGCCGUAGAUUAUUUGGGGCUGGACAAAAAUGAUCCAGCCUAUGAGCAGAACAUAAAAUUGGUGCACCAAAACAGUGCGAACCGCUUAUUGGAAACGUGCCUGCUAAACGGUGGUCUCUACAUAAAAGUGGGUCAAGGAUUUGCGGCCAUCAAUCAUAUAUUGCCAGUUGAAUACACUCAAACGUUGGCAAAGCUUCAGGACCAAUGCCUUCCAACAACAAAGGCGGAUAUACAGAAAGUGUUUCAAACCGAUUUUGGUAAACUACCCGAGGAGAUUUACAAAGAAUUUGAUUACACGCCUGUUGCAGCGGCCAGCUUGGCGCAGGUCUUCAAAGCGAGGCUGCAUACUGGACAGCAGGUGGCUGUGAAAGUGCAGUAUAGCGAUUUACAGAAGCGUUUUAUCAGCGACUUGGCUACGAUUAUCUUUCUGCAGGACAUAGUUGAGUUAAUUUUUAAAGACUAUAAUUUCGGUUGGAUAAUGAGGGAUCUCCGCAAGAAUCUUGUUCAAGAGUUGAACUUUGAGCAAGAGGCUAGAAACGCAGAGCGCUGUGCCAAGGAUCUUCGCAAGCUGACCUACGUGCAUGUGCCCAAAGUCUAUUGGGGACUCACCAUGAGACGUGUGCUGACCUUGGAAUGGAUUGAUGGCAUUAAAGUGAGCGACAUUGAGGGCAUUAAGAAGCUAGGCCUUAGCCUAAUAGACGUCGAUCGUAAACUGUUUAUAAUGUUUGCCGAGCAAAUCUUUAAGUCGGGCUUUGUCCAUGCGGAUCCUCAUCCCGGCAACAUAUUUCUGCGUAAAAACCAACAAAAUGGCAAAGCGGACAUCGUAAUACUCGAUCAUGGACUUUAUGAACACCUGCCACGUAGUGUGCGAAUCGCUCUGUCUGACUUCUGGGUGGCCACUGUUCAACGAGAUGAGAUGAGAAUGAAAGCUGCCGCAAAUAAAAUGCGAGUUGUCGAUUAUAUGAAGUUUGCUUCAGUACUGUUCCAACAGCCUGUGGGAAUUGAAGGUCCAAGCAUACGCAGCAAACUCACGCAGCAGGACAUAGAUUAUAUGCAGAAAGUGGCCAAGCAUCAGUUUGAGAUAAUCAUGAAUACCCUAAAGGAGAUGCCGCGCUGCUUGCUCUUUGUGACUCGGAACCUGAAUAUUGUUCGCGCCAUUAGCAACAUGCACGGCGAUGUGGUGGAUAGACCACGUCUCAUGGCUCGCUGCGCACAGCGUUCUAUCUAUGAUCAAAGUAGUCGCUCGCCGGUGGCGUAUUUAUCCUGGUUAACCCGCCGCAUCUACUUUGAAUAUUGCUUGUGGGUGUCUGGUUUUAAGAUUCGUCUAAUUGAUUGGUACUUAAAUUUCUUAUAUCUGGUGGGAAGAGCGCCAGAGAGCGCCAAGACUUUAAUAAAAGACGUUAUGGAUCAGGAAAAGCAAAUGUUGAAUUAGACAAAGCCGACUCCAAGAUUCCAAUUUUAUGUGCGAACUAUGAUGAAAUGUGCUUUAUUCCAGUGACAAUAGCAUUUGCUAUCUAACAUUAUUUCUAAAAAAACACCAAUUUUUUUUAAAUUUGUCAGUCAUGUAAUGUCAUUUAAUUAUUCCAAAUGGUGUCAUAAUAAAAGCCAAUUGAA